GGAGGAACCAGCAAGAAAACAUCAAGAUCUUUGUUCUCUGUGACAGCUCACCACAAUCCAGGUAUGAUGUUAAAAAGGAUCUACCUUUUCACUGGACUGUUACUCCUAAUCCUGAUCCACAGAAGCCUGCAGAUUCCCAUUCAAGACACGGAAGAAAAUUCCAGCCUAAUGUCUGAGGACGCAUUAUUUAAUGACCCAGAGAAGACCGACAUGAAGAGACAUUCAGAGGGAACUUUCUCAAACGAUUACAGUAAAUACCUGGAGACCAGGAGAGCACAGGACUUUGUUCAGUGGUUAAUGAACUCUAAAAGGAGUGGAGUCCCAACACGACGGCACGCAGACGGCACAUACACUAGCGAUGUCAGCUCAUACCUGCAGGACCAGGCGGCAAAAGAGUUUGUUUCCUGGCUGAAGACAGGCAGAGGAAGACGAGACUGAAGUUUCUCCAGACUGUGAUAAAAACGACCUUGAAUUCCCGUGAUAUUCCACCAUACAGUGUUUUAUAAUGACUAGUCCUGUCAGUUUCAUUGCAUCAUGCAAAUAAAACGUUCUUCA